AUGGCGACCGACCUCAGUACGCAAGAUAAGAAGAAGAACCGAAUCAGCAACCUAUUCGGCAGCAAGAAGAGUUAUGAAGGCAUGGGAGGACGGCCAGACGUCGUCUCACCUACUGGACAUGGGCACAGCGCCGAUUCAGCCUAUGCUUCGAGCGACCCAUCGACUCAUCGACCAUCGCCGGACAACCAGUAUGUUAAGACUGUGCCGAUUGAGAACACUGGCAAGAUCAGCGGCGUGUCUCGCGACAGACAUCUUGGCCUGAAUGAGAGCACGGGAGAAGUACUCGACACAGACACUGGAGAGGUAGUCACUACUGUCACGACCACAACUACUACAACCACCACAACCGUCCACAAAGGCAAAGGUACCGACAAGAAAGAAACUAUGGUACAGGUCGAGACACGGCCUGGAGAGCACAACACCUCAGCGCAAAUAGCAGAGGCGCCAGGUGAUGGGCCGAGCAACAGGCUGCACCCAUCAGCCACCGAGCCACCGCGCCGCACUACACCAGCACCUAUUGAAACGCAACAACCGCACCAUCAAAGCAUAGAUGUAGGAUCGCCGACCUCGCCCAUGCGGAAUCCGAAUCGCAACAGUGGGCCGUAUGGUGAGCCUCCUUCUCCCUAUGGCAAGCACAACUUUAGCUACCCAUCAAGAUCAGACCUGAAAGGAACCGCAGCGACAGGUGAAGAGAAUGGCUACCAGCAUCACGAUUACAGCGCCCAACCGCAGAACAACUACCCGCAAUCGAGACCGAGUCAGCCGAGCGCUAUCGAGAGUUUGAAGGCUGCUGCUAUCGGUCUGCAUGGUGUCGGGGAAACUCUCCGAUCUACGCUGAACAAUGAAGUGGAUAGCCGCUUCCCACGCUCCAAUGCUGAGAAAGCCUCUUUUGCCAAUGCAAAGAACCGCGCGGAGAUGGAGAGAGGUCAAAGAGAAAUGGCACGCCUACGAGAAGUCAACGGUCUCCGACCGACAGUGUCACAGCAAUCGCCACCUAUCCAGCAGAAUCAAAUUGGUUCAGGCGCAAUACCAGUCCAGAGACCCACGGAUGCUCUCCCACCACCACAGCAGAAUGCGGACGCACCCCGACUCCACGCACCCGGAACAUGGGGUAGUGGCCGUGUGAACGACGUCCGCAAACCGGGUCCCAACGUCAGUGUCAGCCCUGUGAACCCAGAUGUCGUCCAUCCAGCUCAUCGACCCCAGCAGCAAGGCGAAGGUCUAGGUGGCGCACCACAGUUGCCACCUCUAGAACACACAGUCACACCCGGCGACCGCUAUCCAUCCAUGGACGGCCGAAGACCAGAACCCAAUGUUCAGCAGCGAUUUGGGGCCGAGAGGCCGCCGGUGCCUGUAGAGCCGGAUAGGAAUCCGAUGCAGAAUGUGCAGGCAGUGUCGCAUGUGCAAGGACAUCCGGGCAUGGAGCAGGAGGAGGAGAAGAAGGGCGGGUUUCGGAAAUUGUUCCGGCGGAAGGAGGUACCUGGUUAA